AUGGCCCCUAAACCUAUACUCGAGAUGAGCCUUGGUUUGGCAAGCGAUGUGCUCAACCUUCAUGACCGCUAUGAGGAUCUCAAGCCCACCUUCAAAACCUCUAAGUUCUGUAUAGCCACUCAUGAAGCCAACUUGGCUGAUUUUGCAAAGCAGAAGGCAGAACUGGAUCAAAUGGUGGCAGGGUAUAAGGAAGCCAAAGCCACUGCAGACAAACUGGAGAAGCAGAUUGCAGAGCUUCAAAAACAGUUAGCAGAGUGCAGGGAAGUGCAGAACAGGCUCGGGGCUAGACUGAGCUCCAAGACUAAGGCUACCUUGCUUGUGCAGAGCAUGGUUGUAGCUUCCAGGCUAGCCCUGGAGAUUACCGAGGCUUCAAUUCAUCAGGGGGUGUAA